GACAAACAAGUCCAACAAAUUGGAAUACGAUCUCUCAGGUCAAUCCAGAGUGAUUAGUAUAUCUGUUUCCAAUUGAAGAUCGAGUGGUUCGUUGCAGGAUUCGAGUCCAGGUUGAUGACCUCAAGACCUUACUUAAAUGUUGCAUAAGCAACAAGACAGUUGCAUGUGAAGCUGCGGUCUAUUUGAUUUCUUUAUUAUGGGAGACUCAUUUCAGAAUCAUGUUCCAUCAAGAAGCCCUGAAGCAGCAGGUUCCAUGGCCAGCAGAAAGGAUUCCAAAUUAACUUUGGUUGCUUCUGUCUCCAAGCCUCUUUCCCACACAUCUUUAAAGCAAAUACCAUUAUUUAACAAUGGGAAAAUCAGAAAAUCGCCUGUGAAUGAUUUGGCAUUGUUUCUACUGAAAGUUGGUGCCUUGGAGACGGUGAGGAGAGUAUCAAAUGCCAGGUGCCCUUUUAUAUGGUCUGGUUUGCAGGCUUUACAAGUUUUCUGCUAUCCACCACUUAAGUGGCUCCAAAGAUGGGAUCCUUUUAGGAAUUUAAUUAAAGGGGCGCAGAUAUUGUCAACGCCAUUACUAGUGCUCUCCAUUGCAACGACUUUCUCUAAUCAGUCUGAACAAAACAAUCUCGACUCAGAUGAUAUAGAAAAUUCAGAUAGAAGAAUUGAUUGUGAUGCUGUUCCAGAAUCUCAUUCUGAGUUGCCUCCCGUAUCGUCAACUAUUGAUAUGAGGGUCAAUGAUGAAGCUCAGUUACAUCAAUCAGGUAGAAAUUGGUUGCUUGAUCUUUAUAGAGAGCUGGACAACCAGGGUGUUCAUUUACCUGAAAGGAUAAAUGAGGAUGAGCUUUGUAAGUUCCAUUCUGCUGCAAAUGGUGAUUUUUCUUGUUUGCUUACAUUAGUCAAGAAGGCAAUACAUUGGAGGGAAACUUAUCGAAUUCUUUCAGAAGAAGAACUUGAGAUGUGGUCAAAUAUGGUCUUUUGGCAUGGAUUUGAUGUUGAGAACCGCCCCUGUCUUGUCGUUCGGCUUGUUGCUUGCGUCAGCUUGCCGCCUAGCGAAAGACCUCGCUUUGCACAAGCCAUUGUAUCUCAGGUAGAACAUGGGAUCCUACAUCUCGUAGAUGCUGAAAAUCCUCAGAUCACAGUAUUGGUGGACUGUGAAGGACUGUCUCUAAGGUUCCCCAUGCAACUACUUAGAUCCUGUUCAGCUACCCUGCAAGAAAACUACCCAACUCGGCUGGGCUGUUUGUUUAUUAUUCGGCUUCCUCCAGUUGGAAGAGUUAUAGCACAGACUUUUAUUCAAGUUCUUAAACCUGCAACCCGACAAAAACUUAAGAUAAUAGGUCGGAUGUACAAAGACUCCCUCUCGGAAUACCUCCAAACAUUCCCAUCGUAUCUAGGUGGAGAAUGUGCAUGCUCAAGAUGUGCAAAGCUUAGCAACCCCCAUAUGCAGCUUCCUGAAUUCAACCAAGAAUUUAGCAGCAACAGAGAACUAGAUGCAGAUAUCGACAACACCGAGAGAUUUUCUCCAAAUUAUCAGUUCCCUGAUGUGAAUGAAGGUUGUGAGAAGGUGUUGAGAUCUGCUGUGGUCGGCAUUCUCAUGGUCUGGGUGUUGAUUGCUCUUAUAGCUGGACUGGUCGAUCCUGAAAGCCGUCCAACGUUACCACACUGAGGUAUGAACACACUUUUUCUUUUGGUUUCAUUAGAUAUGAUGUGAAUAAAUUGUGCAUAUUUCAUUAGAUGGUCUUUUGCUUAUUCGUGCAAUAAUCUGUGUCCUUAUUAUGUAUUUCUGUGAACUACUAGAGACCCUCGAAUGUAUACCACUAUAGCGCUUGCUCACAAAAACCCUUUUAUGUAUAUCGAAAGUUAUAGUUUGCUUCA